AUGAAGGAGGCAUGGGAGGUGGUGAAGACCAUGCGUCUCGGUGCGGAUCGAGUGAAGGACGUCAACGCCCAGAAGCUGAUGCAGGAGUUUGAGAACAUCAAAUUCAAAGAGGGCGAGUCGAUCGACGACUUCGGCAUGUGCAUCAACAACCUCGUCGGCAACCUCCGCGCGCUGGGCGAGACGAUGGAGGACACCCGCGUCGUCAAGAAAUUCUUACGGGUGGUACCUUCUCGUUUUGCCAGUGUUGUUGUCUCAAUCGAAAUGUUCUGUGAUAUGAAGGCGCUCACCGUGGAGGAGUUGGUCGGCCGACUGCGUGCGGCGGAGGAGCGGCUCAAUGAUGGAGUCGAACAGGUGACUAACAAAGCCGGUCGAUUGCUGUUGGCAGAGGAGGAUUGGCUGGAGAGAAACAAACACCGGCUUCGCGGUGUGCCAAACAAGGAAGGCGCCGGAGGCAGCGGUGGUGGCCAGACCAAGAACAAGGCGCCGGCGGCGUGCUCUCAGGGCGGCAACAAUGGUGGCGUCAAGCUCACCUCCAUGGGCACGCCGCGGCGCAAAGGUCAUUGCCGCAACUGUGGCAUCUACGGCCACUGGGCCGAGGACUGCAAGCGGCCAAAAAAGGAGAAAAAGAAGGAGGCACAGCAACCAGAGGCGAACGUGGUGGUUGCUGGCCAUGAACAAGGCGCUCUGAUGCUGGCCACGUGCGACGUCGUGCACGCGCCGCACCAGAUCGUCCACAUGACGGAGAAUGUGAUCCCAGUGGAGGUCCCUAACGACGAGUGGGGUUACAGAUUUUUUGAUCGUGCUACCAAGAAACUGGUUGUCAGCAGAGAUGUGAUUUUUGAUGAAAAGCAUCCUUUUGAUUGGGCCAAUGUAGUAAACAGUGAGCACCAGUCGACCGACACCUUUGUUGUCAAUUAUGAGUCGACUGAUGAAAAUCCGACAACAACUGGAAAUGUAGUAGAGCAAGCUACAGAGAAUCAAGGGGGUGGGGCUGUUGAGCCAGAUGGUGAUAUGCAACCUGGGUUUGCAACACCAAGUCCCCAGAAUGCUCCAGGAUCAGAUCAAGGGCCAGCUGCACAAUGGGCAACACCACCUAGUGCACACUCUGAAGAAACAUUUGGAGGACCUCUAAGAUUCAGAACACUUGAUGACUUGUUUGGGUCCACUGAUGAGAUUCAAGAUUAUGAAUACAGUGGUGUAUGUCUCCUUGCAGCAGAUGAGCCAUCUGGAGUGGAACAAGCACUAGAGGAGAAAUGCUGGUGCAUUAGAUGUUUGUUACAAUCAUGUAAUAGCAUGUUUAGUUAG